UCCAAUUGUGAAUGAGAGGCUCCAGUGGUGAGUGCAGUUGUUGUUAAGUCAGCAAACUACCAGGGUCUGUGCAUUGUGUUUUUGGCUGUGUGUAUGUUUAAUUUCUUAUAUAUGAGUCAACAUCAAGUGCUGUCACUGUAAUUUAUUCCUGGAAGCUAUAAAAGGUAAAGAAGAAAGACCUGAUGGUGAACAUACACAAUGUUGGAGAUCAUCUGGUCUGUGUUAUUGGUAUUGCUUCCUUUCCUGCUAGAGGCAAGAGGACAGGUUGUUUUUGAUACGCAGCCUAGAAUUCUAGCACAAGAUGGCAAUCUCGUACUAUUUAGUGGUUUGGAUCGGAACAUCACAUUGCGCACUUCAGGUCGUGGCUACGUCAACCUCAAUAAUGAGAACCUUGCAAUGCUUGCUAAGAAGGCAAGAACUGCAUCAGAGACAGUGGAGCAGAUCCGCACUAGUGUUUUGGUGACACUGGAGGAGAAAGUACAAACUUUAUUUGAUACAGUUCUUGGAUCGCAAGGGCUGCAGAUAAAGUUAGCAGCGGUGGAGAGGACUGUAAGGAAUGGCACUGUGCCUGGCAUUGUUAGACCUCUAGGGAGGAGAGUAACAGCUCUAAACAUGAGGGUUGCUCUACUGGAGCGUCAAGUGCGCCAGUUGCGCACACUACUCACUACUAAUGAAUGUGCCAGUAAUCCAUGUCAAAAUGGUGGAACAUGCAUUGACAGUUAUAAUGGAUUCUUUUGCAAGUGUCCCAGCAAUUGGGAGGGUUUGCUGUGCAGUGUAGAUGUGAAUGAGUGUGCACAUUUUGCUGGAACAGAUCUCGGUUGCCAAAAUGGGGCAACAUGCAUCAAUAAGCCUGGCACCUAUGAGUGUGUGUGUGCUAGUGGCUGGUAUGGUGUCCACUGUGUGCGGCGCUCAGAUGACUGUAUGAGCUCCACAUCUGAAGAGCUGUGUGGCCAUGGGACAUGUGUUAGCAUAAAGACCACUGGAAGCAGAAACUACAAGUGUAUCUGUGAUCAGGGAUGGACUACUCAUUCAGGGACCGGUGCCUGCGUGUGGGAUGUUGAUGAGUGUAGCAGCAAUACACGCCCUGCCUGUUCAGUUAACCCAACUGUCCAGUGCAUUAAUGUUCCAGGGUCAUUCUACUGUGGAGCAUGUCCUCUAGGAUACACUGGCAAUGGAUACUACUGUUCUGACAUUGAUGAGUGCCAGGUUAAUAAUGGAGGCUGCAGUCUUUCUCCACUGGUGCAGUGCAUCAACACUCAGGGCUCCCGUGUAUGUGGUCAGUGUCCUCCAGGCUAUCAGGGAGAUGGACAAGUGUGUACCUUCCGUGGGGUCUGUGCAAUUGACAAUGGUGGCUGUCACCCACUGGCCCGCUGCCUGGACAACCCUCGUAUCAGUCAGUCAUAUGUUGAAUGCAUCUGUCCCAGUGGAUAUGUGGGAUCUGGUGUUGGCCCCGCAGGCUGUAUGCCAGCAUCUGGUGGUGGCAGUACAGGUGGAGGAAGUGUGAACUCAUGCGAUGCUAUCCACUGUGUGAAUGGUGCAUGUGUAAUAAACUUCGCUGGUCUACCGAUGUGUGUGUGUCAUUCUGGAUACACAGGGAGUUUAUGUAAUGUGCCUGUCGACCCAUGUUCAAGUCAGCCUUGUCAGAAUUCUGGCACUUGUGUACAGAUUGGUGUCACUGGGUAUCGGUGUGUUUGUACAGAAGGGUUCAGAGGUUCCAAUUGUGAGGAAGAAGAACAGACUUGUGGUGGUGAUCUGUUUGGUCUGUCAGGCAGACUUCAGUACCCACACUCUGGCAGCAUAGAGUAUGGCCACAAUGUGAACUGUGCAUGGCGCAUUACUACCAACACUACAAAAGUGCUACAGUUGAAUUUCACAAAGUUUGAUAUAGAGCAUUCUCCAAAUUGUCAGUUUGACUUCUUGCAGAUCCACGAUGGCAGAUCAGCAGGAGCUCAUAUGCUGGGACGAUAUUGCAACAGCAUUCCAAAUAUCACAUCAACCCACAACAAGAUCUACUUAUGGUUCCGCACAGAUCACUCCAAUGCUCGCAGUGGGUUUUCUCUCACCUGGAACUCUACAGACCCAGUGUGCGGUUCAGCGAACCCAAUUUCCUUUACAACACAUGGAACCUUGUCAUCACCUGGUUCUCCAGGCCGGUACCCCAACAACCGCGAUUGUUUUUGGACAUUACUUGCUCCAUCAAACCGGCGCAUUCAGUUCCACUUCUACACAAUGCAGAUUGAGGCAUCUGCUAACUGUAGCAAUGACUACCUUGAGAUUCUGUCAGGAUGGCAGAUGAACCGAUUUGCAGUGUACUGCAAUAUGUCCCACCCAAGGCCACUUACAAUGCCUGGUAACCAGGCCACUGUGCACUUCCAUACCAAUGAAGCAGUGAAUGAUGCUGGCUUUCAGCUCUCUUACUCCAGCAUUCAAGGUUUUCCAGGUUGUGGGGGUGUGCUGACCGCACCCUCUGGUGACAUUCUCUCCCCAAAUCAUCCUGACAGGUACCGUGAAGAUAUGGACUGCGAAUGGCAUAUUCAGUUGCCAGUUGGUGAGCGGAUACGCCUUACAUUCCUGACUUUCUCACUUGAAGAUUCACGUGGCUGCUUGUUUGACUAUGUUGCCAUAAGAACAGGUUUGGACCAGAGUGCUUCAACUGUGGGACGCUACUGUGGUAACAGCCUACCCAGUCCAUAUACAUCUGUUGGGAAUGAGCUAGUUUUGUAUUUCAAGUCAGAUUGGUCCUUCAGUGGUGAAGGCUUCCACAUCAAAUAUGAAGCGUUGUGUGGUGGUGUAUUCAGUGAGCCUAGUGCAGUGCUCAAAUCUCCAUUCUACCCCAAUUCAUAUCCUACAAACCGUAUCUGUAUUUAUGAAAUAGAACUGCUCCCUGGGCAGGCAGUGGAGCUCUGCUUCCAAGACUUUGAAGUGGAGGACACAUCCUCACCCCCAUGCCUUUAUGACUAUCUUGAGAUUCGUGAUGGUCACAAUGAGAACGCCACACUGCUGGGUCAGUAUUGUGGGGGACGGGAUCAGUUUCCCAGUCCAUGCAUCACAUCACAGUACAACUUCCUUUGGCUCAAGUUCAAGACAGAUGGAUCCGUAUCAAACCGUGGAUUCUAUGCCAACUACUCCUCUAUCGAUGUUGGAUGUGGAGGCAUUCUGAAGCAGCAACAGGGCACAAUCCAGUCUCCAAACUACCCAUUGGUUUACCCAAAUGAUCACACAUGUCGGUGGAUAAUUGUUGGGGCACUUAACACUGUGGUGCAACUAACUUGGCAGUCAUUUCGUCUGGAGGGUAACCCUUACAGAGGUAACAGAGAUGACUGCCCUUAUGACAAGGUGGUCGUGUUUGAUAACAGCUCUGUGCCUGAACAUGGUGGAAUCAUGGGCAUUUACUGUGGCAGCACUCUUCCCCCUGUACUAACCACAACAGGCAAUGUGAUGUCAAUUAUUUUCAAAACUGACUACAGUGCCUCCAGAGAGGGUUUCUCGGCAACAUACACAACUUUGGACUCUUCAAGAAUGUGUGGUGGGACAUACUUCACCAGUAAGGGCAUACUGCAAUCUCCAAACUACCCCAACAACUACCCUCACAACAAGGACUGCCAAUGGAUUAUAUCUGUUCCUACUGGACAGCAGAUCAAGUUGAAUGUUACAGACUUUAUUUUAGAGGGAGGUUCCAACUGUCGCUAUGACUACCUUGAAAUCAGGAAUGGAGGAUCACAGAUGGCACCACUGAUUGGCAGAUAUUGUGGUACUACGAUUCCUAGAAGCAUUCCAUCAUUGAGCAACCAGCUAUUUCUACAAUUUGUGUCAGACAAUUCUGGCAGACAAAGAGGCUUCCGUAUCACUUGGGAUGGAACUGCCACUGGCUGUGGAGGUACACUGACUGCACCUACUGGAUCCCUCAUCUCCCCCAACUAUCCUGAGGCCUAUGGCCACUCUGGGGAGUGUUUCUGGAGAAUUUCUGUGAGCAGAGGCAGCGUCAUCCAGAUUGUGUUUGUUGACCUUGAACUGGAGAGCCAUCCCACUUGCCGGUAUGAUUAUAUUGAGGUGUAUGAUGGGAGGGAUUCAUCUUCCAAAAAGAUUGGCCGCUACUGCUCCGCCCCUCCUUUGCUUUUACGCUCAACGUCAAACCAUGUGUUCAUCAAAUUUCGUUCAGACUUGAGUAUUACAGGACGAGGUUUCCAUAUCCGUUAUCAGACAGAUUGCAACACUGUUGUGACUGGAUUCAGUGGGGUGAUCGAGAGCCCUAAUUUUCCAUCCCAGUAUCCAGAUGGAUUGGACUGCACUUGGAACAUCACAGCACCCAGAGGGAACAAGAUUAAUGCCACAUUUUCACACUUUCAGUUGGAAGUCACCUACUGGUUAUGGGGGCCUCGUCUUAUGAUAAAUAAUUGUUCACAAGAUUAUGUUGAGGUGAAGGAAGGAGACAGUGCAGCACCAGACACAGUACUGAUGUCCAGGAGGUGUGGAUCUGACAUCCCAGGCCCCAUUCACUCUUCCAAGAAUCAUAUGUAUGUUCAUUUUUUCUCAGAUUCUUCUGUCACACAUUCUGGAUUCCGAAUGGAAUGGAUUGUGGAUGGCUGUGGUGGAAUCCUGAGGAAACCUUCUGGAGGGUUUACAUCACCUGAUUAUCCUCGAGGUUAUCCUAUUAACACAGUGUGUGAGUGGACAGUUAUAGUGGACUGGGGCCAGAGUGUGGAGCUGACUAUCAAGGACUUCAGCAUGCAUAAUGCUCCAAACUGUUUCCUUGAUUCUCUGACUGUCUACUCGGGAACAGAUGACUCAGGUCCGCAACUCUUGCAGAUGUGUCACACUUCUGACAGAGAGGUGCUGACAUCCAGUGGCAACUCCAUAUUUGUGAGAUUCAAAAGUGACAUCACGUAUAGUGGAAAAGGAUUUAGUGCCUCUUACAGAACAGUGAACUCAAAGUGUGGAGGAAAAUUCACUGUCCCAAAGGGUAGUAUCCACUCUCCCAACUACCCUGACAAUUACGAUAAGAACCUAGACUGUCGUUGGCUGAUAGAGGUUGAUAAAAACUAUGUCAUCUGGUUUGCAUUCAUUGACUUUGACAUGAACCGCAUGCUGCACUGUGUAGACAACUUUGUGAAGGUUUACGAUGGGAACAGUACCAAUAGCACAUUGCUGUUUUCUGACUGUGGUAACAGCCUACCAGAUUUCAACAACUUCACAUCAACUGGUAACCAGCUACUUAUCCACAUGCAGACCAGCAACAUGCUGACAGCAAAGGGCUUCCUAGCCAAUUACUCCUUGGCUUGUGGGGCACGCAUCAUGGCCGAAGAUACUGGGAUAAUAAGAACACAUAACUCUAUUUUCUCGGAUGAAAACCUUAACUGCUCAUGGAUUAUUAUUGCUCCAAAUCCAGAGGAUCGAGUGACACUUACAGUCAAUGAAAUGAAUUUGAGACCAAACUGGGAUGGUGUUUGGACUGAAGGGUGCCCAUAUUAUCGUGUUGAUGUGAGGGAUGGAGAUGAUGCAGAAGCACCUCUGAUAGGAAGUUAUUGUGGUUCCAAGGCUCCACCACACCUAACAUCUCAGGGAUCUGCUAUGUUUGUGCAGAUCUAUUCAUUGUAUGGGGGUGACGCUGUAACUUUUGCUGCUACAUACUCGGUCCUGAGCUCUGCGUGUGGUGGAAAUCUGUCAUCAGAGCAUGGCUCAUUUGCAUCACCUGGCUAUCCGAACAGCUAUCCUAUGGAGUCUGACUGUGUUUGGUACAUUGGGACAUCACCAGGUAAUCGCGUGCUGAUAAGCUUCAGUCUGUUUGAACUGGAAACCAGUGAUUUCUGCAAUGAAGACUAUGUAGAACUGCGUAAAGAUAGUGCAGUAGGAUCAUUGAUUGGUAUAUACUGUGGGAGUGACAUACCCAGCAAUAUCACUGCAGCUCAUAACAUGUGGAUCAAGUUCCAGAGCAGUGGAACAGGCACUGCACGCGGAUUCAUAGCUGAUUAUAGCAUGUUGCAUGGCAAUGACCUCAGUGGUCCAGCAGGACAGGUGGCAUCACCACUCUAUCCCAGCUCUUACAGGCGUUAUGGUUCAUUCUCCUGGAGGAUCAUGGUGGAUAUUGGCCAAGCAAUUGCUAUAACUUUCAAGGAAUUCUUCAUUGAGUUUUUCUUUUCAAAUUGCAUCGCCUCUGUUGCUGUCUAUGACGGGUUUGAUCAGACUGCACCAUUACUCUUCAAAGGAUGUAGAGGUGAUUUACCAGACCCAUUCACAUCAAGUUCUAACAUUGUUUACAUUUUGUUUGAGUCAGUUCCUGUCCAUCAUGGCUCAAAAUUCCUAUUGGAGUGGCUGCAGGUGGACAGGCAGAUUACCAGUGUGACUGUACCACCACCUACAGUUCCAGGAUGUGGAGGUUUGGUAAGCCUGCAGAUAGGCAGGAACCACUCUAGUGAGAAAGUCACAUUCACCAGCCCAGGGUAUCCUGAGGGCUAUGCUCCCAUGCUGAACUGUGAGUGGAUCUUUGAAACCCCACCAGGUUAUCACCUGAGCUUAGUUUUCCAUGACAUGGACCUAGAGCAGUCUUCAUCCUGCUACCUCGACUAUGUGCAGGUGUACAAAGGUCGACGAGGGUUGCCUGACUGGAGGCUCAUGAAGACACUCUGUCUGCCAAAUGCAACUUAUGAGUUAAUUGAGUCCACAAACCUGAUGAAAGUUGUGUUUCACUCAGACUAUUAUGUAAACAAAACUGGUUUCAAAGGAAAUGUUAACAUAGUGUGUGGUGGAUUGCUUACUGGACCAAAUGGUGUGAUUGACAUGCAAAAUGAGACUCGAGCACUCCAUUGGUUCUACACAUACCAUCAUCUGCAGUGUGAAUGGAAUAUCACUGUGCGAGUGGGCAGGACUAUAGCAGUUGAGUUCCCUGUGUUCAAUGUUCCAUCAAGGAAUACAUCUUAUUGUGCAGAGAACUCCAUUGUGCUAAGGAAUGGAAGAUCCCGCAACUCUCCAAUGUUGGGACAGGGGAGAUACUGUGGCACACAACUUCCAAGAGAUAUACCUGAGACAUCAGCAAAUGAACUAAGUGUUACAUUCAUAGGUUUAUCAGCAGCAGCAAUAUUCAAGUUGGUUUACCGAGAAGUGUCAGUGGCUUGUGGUGGUCGCAUAGUGCUUUCUGCAGAAUAUGACUCAACUGUGAUCAUGUCACCACGAUACCCUAAUGUUCCACCACCACAUACUGAGUGUGAGUGGAUCUUCAUGGCUCCUGCGGGUGAGAGGCUGCAUUUGGAGUUCUUGGAACGGUUUGAUGUAACCUCUUCACCAGACUGUCAGCUAGCAUUUGUGGAGCUGCGUGAUGGAGCAACUGUCAAUUCAGAGCUUAUCAACACAUUUUGCAAAGGAAUUCCAAGCUCUCAGUACACAACAGGCAACAUGUUGUAUGUCCGUUUCUUCACAAAUGCCCCUGAACCCAAGAAUGGAUUCAAAGCCAGUGUUGGUAUAGCAACUUGUGGAGGCACCAUUAGAGGUUAUGGAGGCCAUGUUACAUUACCAACCUACCCAGGGCAAUACCCCAAUAAUUUGGACUGUACAUGGCGACUCAUUGGACCACCAGACCACUAUUUGGUGCUUUGGUUUGAUGAACUGAGUAUGCCAUACUCUUAUAAUUGCACAACAGGUGACUACGUAGUUGUGACAGAACAGAUGCCCGUCAACAGCUCAGUGAAUGAGCUUGUGAGAUUCUGCGGUUCCUCUUCAAAUACUACCCAAAGUUUCAACAGUACAUCCAAUGAGGUGACUGUUCUCUUCCACUCAGAUGAUCGCUCUGAGAGCUAUCAUGUGAGACGGGGGUUUUCCUUAAGAUUCAAUGCCAGUCAGGAAGCUUGUGGAGGUCAGUUGGAGGGCCCUACUGGGGUAUUUGAGAGCCCAGGCUACCCCUCAACACGAGGUUACCGGCGCUACUGUAUGUGGAAAAUAGUUGUACCAGUUGGGCGCAGAGUGAAAGUAGAGCUGCUUGACUUUGAUCUGGAGACCUCAGUGCAGGCAUAUAAGCACCGACUGAUCUUCUAUGAUGGUCUAUAUUCCCUCUAUCUGAAGACAUUUCAUGCAACAAGCGAACCUGAGGUUGUGAGAUCCACAAGUAACUCUAUGGCCGUCAUUUUUAUUUCACAUCACAAUGUGGGACACCGUGGCUUCAGAGCACGUUACACAUCAGAUGAAGCGUCACCAUGUGUUGGUGACCUUAAUGGUGACAGUGGUUACAUCUAUCCCCCUGCCAGAUCCUUGAAUCUGGUAUCCUUUCAUUGUGAGUGGGAGAGAAACCUCCAAACAAACAUGAACAAGACCAUUGCCUUCACACUAUUGAAUGGUACUAUCAGUUCCACGAGCUCUCAGCGCUGCUAUCACCACUGGGAUUCUGUGUGGUUUACUGCAGGAAGCGGAGUGUAUCUGGGACACUUCUGUGGCAACUUCACAAGUCCUGCCAGGAUCCUCAGCCCUUUCAUGAAUGUGGUCAUGAAGGCAACACAGAGUUCUAGUGGAACAGUGGACUUCAUGUUGCAGUAUUCCACAUUUGAUUGUGGAGGUUCAAUCUCUGGUCCUGUAGAGGUGGUGACAAGUCCUAUGGCAUCCAAUGGGAUGUACCCGCCAAACACUGCAUGCGUGUGGGAUGUCACAUAUCCUUCAGGGUCUGUCAUAAAUAUAACAUUCGUCGCCAUGAGGCUUGAGAGUGACUGCAGCCAUGAUUACCUUCGUAUUCGGAAUGGACCACGUCCGUCAUCUCCACUCAUCAACACAUACUGUGGUACCAACAUCCCAAUGCCAGUUCUGUCAGAAUCCAAUGCUUUAUGGAUUGAAUUCUAUUCUGAUGGUUCCAAUGAAGACCAAGGAUUUGUCCUGAGGCUGGAGUCUGUGUUUGAAGGUUGUGGAGGGCUGCUGCAUACCAAAGGCAACACAUUUACUUCCCCUAAAUACCCAGGGAAGUAUCCACCAAAUUCAGAGUGUACAUGGGACAUCCAAGUGAAAGAUGGCUACUUUAUCUCUCUUAGCUUCAUAGAGCGCUUUGAUAUAGAGCAGUCAACAGAAUGUUCUGAAGACUUUGUGCAGGUGUUUGAUUUUGUGAAUGAUGAAUGGGUGUCCCUGCUGAAGCUUUGUGGUAGGGAUCUACCUGCCAUGAUCAAUUCAACAGGAUCACAGAUGCGAGUAUUGUUCCAUAGCAAUGCAAGAGGCAGCAAUAAUGGGUUUAAGGCGACAUUUGAUAUUAAGUGUGGUGGUGUGAUUUCUGGCAAGCCAAGUGGGCAGAUUGUGUCCCCUGGUUUUCCUCAGCUCUAUGAUGCCAAUCUUCAGUGCAACUAUACAAUAGAUUAUCCAGACAGAUAUAUCAACUUGGAGUUCACCUCAUUUGAUUUGGAAAGGAAUGACAGAUGCUACUUUGACUGGGUAAAGAUAUUCCAGCGGGCGCCCUGGUCAACCUCACUAGAAGAGAUUGGCAAGUACUGUGGGUCGACUAUCCCACCACCCAGACGGAUCAAGAACAUGGUUUUGAUUUCCUUCAAGUCUGACUCCACCUAUCAAGCCCAGGGUUUCCAGCUCAAGUAUGAAGUUGACAGCUGUGGUGGACGUGUGACAAGACCUGGCAUCAUUGAGACCCCCAGCUUCAUGGGAAGGUACUAUGAAGAAGCAAACUGCUCUUGGAACAUUACAGCACCUCCAGGCCAAGUCGUAUUACUCAGAUUCUCUAGAUUUUUCGUGGAGUCCAGCCUGCAGUGCCUCUAUGACUUUGUGCGAGUGAUUGAUGGGGACAGCUUUAGUAAUGACAGGGUGAUAGCACAGAUAUGUGGUGACCACAGCAACUCACCACCUGUCUUGGAGUCCACUGGCAACAAAAUGCUUGUUCACUUUCGGUCUGACUACAGUCGAAAUUUUCCAGGUUUCACAGCAGCUGUUAUUUUCAAGACAGCUUGUGGUGGGACUGUGCAAGUGAACAGCACAGCCGGCAACCUGAGGCCUGUUACCACAACAGACCCAUUCAUGUACUGUGGGUGGUUGAUAUUAGGAUCACGUGAUCAGCAGAUCCAACUGUCUGUGACAUCUCUCAACCUUACACCAUGCAGCAAUCUCAGCAACAAUACCACACGUGUUGACAACUGCUCAUGUUCAUUCUUGGAGGUCCGUGAUGGUCCUGGUCCAGUGUCAGAGUUGAUUGAACGCAUCUGUGGUAACACACUCCCUCCUACCAUCACUUCAUCAUCCAAUCAGAUGUGGGUGUCAUUAACGUCAGAGACUGGAGUUAAUGCAAACACAUUCAAUGCUAUUGUCAGUGGGGUUGGUUCUGUGUGUGGGUCACCCAUACGGAAUGUGACCAGUGUGCCACAGGAUCUAAUAUCCCCAGGCUACCCAUCCAGUUAUCCUGCUAAUGCAAGAUGCCGUUGGAUCCUCACCAGUAAUGAGUAUCGGCGGUUUGAUCUGCAUUUUGUCGAUUUAGAUAUUGAAGCCAGUACCAACUGCACUGCAGAUUAUUUGACAAUAGAGGAUGUCCAUGUUCCAUAUGGUCAUAAUGUGAUCACAGAAGGACUUGGCCAGAAUUAUGUCUUCAACGGUGGUGCACCAGACCGUUACCACUCCUUUUCCAAUGGUGUCCGUUCUCCACAGAUCAAGGCAACAUUCUGUGGGCGUGGGCUGCCCAUUGACUACUACUCUCAACAGAACACUGUUCAGGUUACAUUCCAAAGCAAUUCAGCCAUGUCAGGCAAGGGAUUCAAGUUACGCUACGCAUUUGAAGGCUGCAACAGAAAUUACACAGGGAUGCAAGGCCGCAUCCUAAUGCAGACAGUUCCUAGUGAGUGUACUUUGAUGAUCCAGGCGCCAGCCAACUUUACCAUUGCACUCUAUUUCCUGAGUUUCUACAUACAACAAAGUGAGCAGUGCUUGGAGACUUCUCUUGAGGUACGAGAUGGACCCACUCGAAACUCUCCUCCACUGGCUCGUCUUUGUGGCUAUGCAGUGCCCAAUCCAGUCUUCUCAACAGGAAAUGCACUGCUGCUUUUAGCCUCAGGCACAGCAUCUUAUACCCACUUUGAUAUCACAUAUACUACCACUGAUAAAGGACAGGGGUGUGGCGGCAAAUUAUUCAACUAUGGUGGUGUGUUCACAAGUCCACUAUACCCCAACAACUACCGAAACAGUUCACAGUGCCGCUGGGAUGUGUCAGUGCCCAUUGGGACUGUGACUCUCCUGAAGUUUACAGUGUUUGACAUUGGACCACGUAACACAUGUGACUCAGACUUUGUGGAGCUGUAUGAUGUGGACAUAGAGAACAAUGUGGAAACAUUCAAGACACGCUAUUGUGGAGAGGACAAUCCUGUGCUACAUGAAGGCAGCACUGGCACUGUCUCUGUGAUCUACACAACGAGUGUUCACAAUGGAGGAACUGGCUGGGUGGCAAGGUUCACAGCAAAGCAUCCAGGAGCAACAGUCGCAGAUGAUAAUUGGUAGCAGCAGUAUCCUCUCUUUCCAAAUAUAAGUUUUUAAAUAUUUUGUUAUGCUUAAAUUGUCAUUAAGUUAAUUUACAUGUAUUUAUACUUUCUGAAACAUAAUGAAUUAUUUGUGCCACAUGAUGUCACUCUAUUUUUGUAUGUACUCCAUCUGCUAUGGGAACAAGGGUGCAUCAUGAUCAUCAUCAGUUACUGGAGACCAUUACAUCAUGUUUAGGAAGUUACUAUGUUGUAUUUACAACACACUUCUAGCAUAUUUUAAUGAGACAUUGUUAAACGAGCCUCUGAAGAUGGUCCUGUAGGACAGAAACCUGUAUGGCAAUUUUGUUCACUCAACAUUUUAAUAAAACACUUGUUACAUUUGA